AUGUUGAUUUUUAAGUAAUUAAUUUAUUUUAAAUUUGAAAAGUUCCCGAUAUUAAAUUUACUAAACAACAUUAUGGGAAUAAUAGCUUUUUCAGGAGCAACUUCUUAAAUUACUCUUGUACAACCUCUAAUUUUUGUUUAAAUGCUAUUGCUUCCCUCUUCAAUUACACCUCUUAAUNGAUUCUGUGAGUGAGAAUUUUUUCAAUAAAGAUAAAUUAAUCGAAUAAAGAGGCUUUCUUCUUAUAGUUUAAAAUUGUAAUGUAAGAAAUUUAUUAUCAAAUAGAAUCAAGAGUUGAAUUGUAUUUUGUAAAUCGACAAGAGAUAAAUUAUAACUAAAUUAGAUAAAGAACAAUUUUAUAAUAGUAUUAUUAUAAUGAAUAAUAAUCUCAGUAGUGAAUAAACAAAUAUUGUUAAAAUUUAUGAAGAAAAAUACAUGUACUUUUUAUUUAUGAAAUAUUCAAAAUUUUAAUUAUUAGAAUCUUUGCUUUUACAUGAUUUUUAAUUUAGAGUAGCCUCAUUAGUAUGUAUAAUCUAUUUAAUUCUUUAAAAUUUUCUAAAAUAUAAAAAUUCAGGAAUAUACCAUGGAAAUAUUAACUUUAAAUCAAUCUAUAUUAAUAUGUCAGGUGCCUUUUUAUAAAUUAUCAUUUUAUUUCCAAAAUAUUUGAAGAAUAAUAACAAAAGCAUAUCUCUUGACUUGCUAAAUUUAGGAUAAUUACUUUAUUAAAUAACAUUUUAUGAAAUAAAGGAUAAAAUUAAAUAAUUUUUAGAUCUAAAACUGAUAACAUAAUAAAAAUAAUUAUUUUAACAUAUGAAUACAGAAAAUAAGCGAUUUAAAUUUUUAUUUAGAAUUAGUUAGUGA